AUGAUAGUCUUGAGGCAUGACAUUCGUUGGGUUUCAUACGGGAGAAAAUCAGAGCUAAAAUCAAACACAUGGACAGGUAGUCAGAACAAGGUCCAUCAUAUACAUAGUAAAAUUAAUACAAGGGCAAAUAUUCAUGAGUGGAGUCCAUUUGGAAUAGCCUGCAGUGACAAUGUAUGUCUUCAGGCACACAUAACUCAUGUUAGGGGGAAAACGUAUAAUUUUACAAAAUGUGAAACAUUCAGAAAUAACUCAAUCCAUGGUGUGCAGAUGCAGUCCUGUACUGUAGAUAAGAAUUAUUAAGGUGGAAAAACCUCUGCCCCUGCUCCAAAUUCUGGUUCACACAAGAAUUAUACUGGAGAGAAAAGUCAUGCGUGUCCCAAAUGUGGAAAAGCUUUUACUUCUCAGUAAUUUCUUAUGAGACAUAUGAAAAUUCACACUGGAGAAAAACUUUAUGAAUGUAACAGUGGGAAAGGCUUUAGAUAUUCCCUAUACCUUAAUAAGCAUUUAAUGAACAUUGCAUGGAAGCCCUAUGACUAUAACAAAUGUGGGAGCCUUCAACAAGCCUCAAAACACGCACAUAUAAGGAGUCACACUGGAAAGAAACCCUAUAAAUGUGACAAAUGUGGAAAAGACUUUGCAAAAUCAUCAGAACUAAACAUCAUCUUAAGUUUUACAAAUAGUAAGAAGCCCUGUGAAUGA